GGUCAGCCUGAGAGGUGCCAUUUUACCCCAGUUGGCAGCCCUGCAACCUUUUCCUCCUCAUUUUCUGUCUUCCUCGGAUGAAGCAUGAGCCAUCUCACACGUAGGAUGACUAAGCAAAAUUAUUUAGAGGACAAAAAGCGUAAAGCUGGCAGUUGUGAACGCGUUUACCCCUUCGUUUAUCCUUGAUGCUUAAUUACGGGAUGGAUGGAAAGAGGUCGAUGAAAAUGGUUAUGAAGACGUUUGAUCACCUGUUCCAGGAUCCACUUUCCCCAGGCCCCUGCCUGGACAUCAGCGACGACGAGCUCGUCUCCAUAUCCGUCCGAGACUUGAACCGCCAGUUAAAAUUGCGGGGGCUGUCUCGCGAUGAAAUAGUCCGGAUGAAGCAGCGUCGUAGAACCCUGAAGAAUCGAGGGUACGCCGCCAGCUGUAGAAUCAAGAGAAUCGAGCAGAAGGACGAGCUGGAGACUGAGAAAACACAGGAGUACCGAGACAUGGAGACCAUGCAGGAUGAUAACAACAGGAUGAGGGAGGAGGUGGAGUCAGUGCAUGCCAAGUAUAUGGCACUGAAAAAAUUUGCGAUGGAACGGAACAUCCCGAUUCCACCUGAAUUGGAGACCAUUUGAAGUCACUGAUCAUGAUUCCUAUGUAUUUACGCAUUUUCCUUGAUUUUCAUUUUCAUUUGAUUUUGGGUAGGGAGGGAGCGGGUUCUCAUCUUGCAUAAACACAUUUUUCGUGAAGAGUUUACGUUUUUAACAGCGAAAACUUGCAACAAAGCUAGUGCAAUCAAAUAAUUCAGUUUGAACAUGACUAUCAAUUAUAACUUUAGAAAAUCAAUCGCUUGCAUGUCAUUUUUCAUGUAUUGAUUCCACUCAUUAAAACCUGAAUCAACAGGCUAA